CUCAAGAAGCUGAGAGUAGACAGGCUAAAGCUCAGAAGACGUUGUUGCAUUUUGGACGAGCCACCAAGCUUAAAUCCUUCGCUUUUAAUAAACAAUCAACCUCUUCAUUUUCAUCUUGAGUUCUUAUUGACGAGGGUACAAAUAAAACCUGACCCACUUCUGCGAACGCGACAUCAUAAAGAUAGGAUGCUCGCGUGGCUUUUCACACCGUGCUUGCCUGCGAAGAGAGUAGAGGCAUGGUGCGGACCGAUCGAAGGCUCCAGACAGCGUGGAGGCUUUCUUGUCAAUGGUAUUUCAUAAACGCACAUUGAUGAUGUGAAAUAAAUGGAAUACCAAGUUGCACUCGACACGUCGAGAAGUCAUUUCUUCACUUUCGAAAAGUACAACUUCUAGAUGAUGGAGUUGGUUAAAUCAUUAAAGCUAAACGAAAAUCCCCGACGACCAUCCAGGUGCAGAUGAUGAAGCUGAGCUCGUUGUCGGCGAUGACCGCGAUGACAUAGAAAAGCUCUCGAGGUUUUCGCCAUCGCUAGUACAGCUGCACAUCGACAAAAUAACUGGCCACGCAGAAGAAGAAGAAGAUGAUGAAGCUGAUGUUGUGCCUGUUGACUCCGUAAAACGGAAAAAAGAAGGCUUAAAAGAAUGCCCAAGCAGCGGUUGUAGCACUGCCGCCUCUGGCGCCAGCUCGUUGGAUGCGACAAAGCAAAAAGUAGAUGCACCUUUUCGAUUAGCGGGUGGUGUCGCGUCAUCAACAACACAGAAGGAGAAUGGCACAACCGCUUGUACAACCACGAGCAAAAGCACCGCUAGCGCAGACGGUACGAAGGCGAAGAGCGCGUCUUCUGGUGGCACACCUACUGUAUCGCCAGAACAAAGCUUGAAGGACCAACUGACUGGAGAGUGGCUCAACGUUUCCCAGGAAGGAUUUGAAGAUGUCAUGAGGGCGUCAGGCGCGCCAUAUAUCGCAAGAAAAGUACUACAAAUAUUUAAUAAAAAUGGUCUCGAAAUGUGACUCUUUGAAAUACUCGUAGUUGCAACGAAAUUUUAUCAAAUCUGAUGAAAAAUGCUGUUGGCGUUGGUAGCAAUUGUCUGGCUCACCCUAUCAUCUUUUCAUUGUUGAAGCGGAUCAAAUAAGGAAUGCAGAAGAGUCAACAUUUGUUUUGGAUGAUGGUUGUGAUCAAAAUAUCUUUGCUUGCGACGCUAAACAGGUAGCAAAAGUAAUGGGUUUCGGAGUCGGGAAAUCCCGGCAUCGCUUUUCCUUCAACGACGAAUCGAACAGUAUGAAAGUAGGCCACGUCGGCGGCGUAGCAGGCUCCAUGGAAUUCAACCUCCCACUAGACGGCAUAGAGCGCGACAUGAAGGGCCCAAUGGGCCAGGCAAUGACUCGAAGUUACUUCGAGGGAGAUGCUGUCUGCGUACAGCUGAAACACAGACCGGGGCAGGUCGACGUGAUCAAAAGGUACUUGUUCUUGCGUAUCUAUUACAGCUUACUAGCCGUAGUUCGCUAGAGUUAAUGUUGUUCGUGGAGAUGGACGUGACACUGACAGCAAAGUGCUUUUUUAUCGGGGCUGCGGCUCCGUUCGAAUUUCAUUUUUUACCAGCCGUUCCUCACCUGACUCUGGCAUGAUCGUGCCGCCGCAUCCUCACUUAGACCACUUCCCAUCCUGACUUCCCAUCCUUCUAUCAAGUAAAUUAGAAAUCCGAAUCAUGAAGAUCUACAUCUCAAACAUGAACAGACGGAUCUUGGACGCUGAAACAAUGGAGAUGAAGUGGAUAGUGCAAAAAGAAGGCGAGCCUGACGUUAUUUGUAUUCGUAUUUGGAAAAAGCAAUCGGAUCCAUCGGAUUGAUGUUCGCGUUUUUGAUCCUGCUGAUGAAGAUGAGCAUUCGGGUUCGGUCGCUUAGUAGUUCAAGGGCUAUUCCCUCUACGUCUACACACAUACUACGAUCACGAAUUUCACGCAGCGAGCGUCUCUUCAUCUUGUUCAUACCAGCGCACCAUAUUCAUGAUCGACAACCCUAAGCCCGUUGUUGAUCUCUUGCAAGGCCCCCGCGGGUGUACUACGUUGUACGCCCUUCUUACAAGCACACAUAAUGAGCUAAACGUUCGACGCGCUUCCCAUCCCAGGCCCAGCCGUUGUGGCGCGGCUGCGAUUGGGCAGGUUUGAUGAACUCUGCGGAGAAUUCUAGCGAAGCUGUCACAAGCUCCUGCCAAGGCAUUUCCCCUUAUCCUCACGCUCAGAUGCAGUGUCACGAACUGGAUGUCACGUGUACGAAAAUAUUAAAAUGAGUAAAUGGUUAGCGAACUCCGCUGUCAUUUUCAUAGACGCAAGAACUUGAACUUUAACUUUAUCAACAACUUUUUUGUUGUUGUUGUUGAACAUGGUGAUGGAGGUGGUAGAGAAGUCAUUCAUUGUUGACACGACGCUACGCAUAAUGUUAUCAUGUUAAAAGUUGUUUCAGAAACGAGAGCGUUUGGAGCCGAUGCUCGUGGGAAGACGAAUUUAUUGAACGGUCGUGACCGUGAGCUAAUCGCUUGUCCUCCAAUAU